AUGCUUCUCAUAUCCGCCUUGGAAAGAUUUGUCCCCAACUACAUAUGUGGCAUCCAAAAUAAUAUGAUGGCAGUCAUUGGAGGACUGGAUUUUGAAAUCUCCCUUCAUGUGGCAACUGUCUUAGAUAUCUACAAAGUUCCACAGCUCAUAUAUGGCUCUGAUCCAGUGAUGAAUGACAAAACCCCAGGACUUUCCUUCUACCAGAUGGCCCCUCAGGAAACCCUUCAGUACACAGGGAUUCUCUCUUUGCUUCUCCAUUUCAGGUGGACAUGGAUUGGGGUCAUUGUUACAGAUAAUGACAACGGAGAAAGAUUUGUGCAAACUGCACUUCCUCAGUUUUCUCAGAGCAGUAUUUGUUUUGCCUUCAUAGAAAGAAUCCCUAAACUCACUUUUGUCACAGAAUUGAUGGAUUUAAUAAAACAGGGGACAAACAUACACAAUAAAGUGAUGGGUGGCAAAGCCAAUGUAUUAGUGGCCUAUGGAGAAUCUUAUUCCAUGGCAUAUUUUAGAUGGCUUCCACUUUUAACUGUGAAGAAUACGGCAAAAGGCAAAGUGUGGAUAACCACAGCCCAGGUGGAGCUAACUUCAUUUGUCUAUCAAAAAACAUGGCCUUUGGAAAUGUUCCAUGGUUCUAUAGCUUUCACAAUUCAUUCCAAUGAAUUAACAGGAUUUCGUCAAUAUGUUGAGAGCAGAAAGCCUUCCAGCACAAUAGAAGAUGGCUUUUUUCGGAACUUCUGGCAACAGGUCUUUGGCUGUAUAUUCCCAGAUACAGUCGUGGAUCAGAUGGAUGGGAAAAUUUGCACAGGGGAUGAGAAGCUGGAGAGCCUUUCUGCCCCCUUUUUUGAAAUUAGGAUGACUGGCCAUAGUUACAGCCUUUACAAUGCUGUCUAUGCACUGGCCCAUGCCUUAAAUGCCAUGUCUUCAACUAGACUCAAAUACAGAACAGUGGUGGUCAGAGAGGGACUGAAGUUGCAGAAUCAACCAGUUUGGCAGCUCCAUCACUUUCUGAGAAGUGUCUCAUUUAACAACAGUGCUAGGGAUAAGGUUUAUUUUGACCAGAAUGGAAAAUUGACAGCUGGAUUUGAUAUUAUCAACUGGAUUACUUCCUCAAACGUAUCUAGAGUGAAAAUUGGGAGUGUGAAUCCCCAGGCUCAUCCAGAUCAAGUGUUUAUAAUCAAUGAGGAAGCCAUAACCUGGCACAACUGGUUUAACCAGGCUCGCCCCCUUUCUGUAUGCAGUGAGAGUUGUUACCCUGGGUCUAGCAAAAAAGUGAAGGAAGGGGAGCCAUUUUGCUGCUAUGAUUGCAUUCCAUGUCCAGAUGGGAAGAUUUCAGACCAGAAGGACAUGAAUGACUGCCAUAACUGCAUAGACAAAACCUAUCCAAACACAAAACAUGACUUUUGCCUACCCAAAGUUGUCACCUACAUGACUUAUGAAGAACCUCUGGGGUUCAGCUUAGGCUUUAUUGCGCUUUCAUUUUCUUUGAUCACAGGACUGGUGCUAGGAAUAUUUAUAAAGCACCACAACACUCCCAUGGUCAAAGCCAACAACCGGAACCUCACCUACAUUCUUCUCAUCUCCCUGCUGCUCUGCUUCCUUUGUGCUUUGCUAUUCAUCUGCCAUCCAGGGAAGGUGACAUGCCUCCUUCGACAAACUGCUUUUGGCAUCAUCUUUUCAAUUGCUGUUUCUUGUGUGCUGGCAAAAACCAUCACAGUGGUUCUUGCUUUCAUGGCCACCAAGCCAGGAUCCAGGAUGAGGAAGUGGGUGGGGAAAAGGAUCUCCAUCUACAUAGUUCUUUCCUGCUCCCUUAUUCAAGCAGGCAUUUGUACUGUGUGGCUGGCAACCUCUCCCCCUUUCCCAGAUGUUGACAUGCACUCAGUGACUGGAGAAAUUGUAGUGCAAUGCAAUGAGGGGUCUGUGACUAUGUUUUACUGUGUCUUGGGAUAUAUGGGCUUCCUCGCAAUUAUCAGUUUUAUAGUGGCCUUCUUUGCUAGGAAGCUACCUGGCAGUUUUAAUGAAGCUAAAUCUAUCACUUUCAGUAUGUUGGUCUUUUUCAGUGUGUGGUUAUCCUUUGUUCCAACCUACCUGAGCACCAAGGGGAGAGAAAUGGUGGCUGUGGAGAUCUUCUCAAUAUUAGUCUCCAGUGUUGGGUUGCUUGGUUGCAUAUUUGCCCCCAAAUGUUACUUAAUUGUAUUGAGGUCUAAGAUGAACAACAGAGAACACCUAAUGAGAAGAAAGAAAUGA